ACGAAAAGAAAAUUCGAAAAAUAAUGAGCUUAACUCAGAUAAUAAUGAGUUUAGCUCGAAUAAUGAUGAGCUUAACUCGAAUAAUAAUGAGUUUAAUUCGAAUAAUGAUGAGCUUAACUCGAAUAAUAAUGAGUUUAAUCCGAAUAAUAAUGAGUUUAAUUCGAAUAAUAAUGAGCUUAACUCGAAUAAUAAUAAGCUUAACUCGAAGAAUAAUAAGCCAAACUCGGAUAAUAAUAAGCUUACCUUGAAUAAUAAUGAUUGUGACUCGAAUAAUUAUGAGAAUGAUAAGCUUA